UCUCUCCCUCUCAAAAGAAAUUAACAUUUAAGCAAACAAUAACAAAAAAAUAAAAUAAAACCCCCACCUAAGUGAAGGCAGCCUGAAAAGAAGCGGUUUGCUGAAUGUCUGCCAUUGAUGAGUGUGCUUAGACUGAGGGGAAAGGUACACUCAGCGCAGAUUCUUGGUCUGCCCGUGGUGACCAUCAGCAUCUCAAGCUCAGGAGCCAUGCCUCUCAUGUCCCCGCACCCAGCUAGCUCAGUUAUUAUUCACGGUUUCCUCAGAAUGGAAAAAGAGCCAAGAGCCGAGAAAUAAAGACAUUUUUGUCUCGAUUUAGUCACCGAGUGGCUUCUGAGGUACCAGCCCUUCUGCGGGCUGCAGUCCCAGCCGUCACUUUCUUGUUAUUUCUUCUCACGUUCACCUCGUGACUCAGCAGUGGGAGUGCAAGUGUGGAAGCAGUACCGUUGUCACCCAGCCCAAGAAAACCACUUUGUAUGACGACGCCCAGCUCUACAGGAACACAAGUCGAGGAGGCCUAGACGGUCAGUGAGCCACCUGUCCUUCAUUCCCCUCAGGGCUUCACUUCUGGAAGGAAGAAAGACAGGCUGCUCUGACCUGGGCAGAACUUCAGGGAAGAUGCAACCACUUCUGCUUUUACUGGCCCUUCUGCUGCCCCUUGAGGCCAGGACAGCUGCCCCCAGUCACCCCAUCCACCAGCCUUUUCUUUCAGAGGAGAUCAUCGGGGGCCAUGAGGCCAAGCCCCACUCUCGGCCCUACAUGGUAUUUGUUCAGUUUCUCGUCGGGAACAGCAAGAAGAGGUGCGGCGGUGCCCUUGUGAAUGAGGACUUUGUUCUGACGGCUGCUCACUGCUUGGGAAGCUCCAUCAACGUCACCCUGGGGGCCCACAACAUCAAGAAGCAGGAGAAGACCCAGCAGAUCAUCCCCGUGAGAAGAGCCAUCCCCCACCCAGACUAUAAUCCAAAGAACUACUCCAACGACAUCAUGUUACUGCAGCUGGUGAAAAAGGCCAAGCUGACUGCAGCUGUGAGGCCCCUGGGCCUGCCCAAAGGCAAGGACCGGGUGAGGCCGGGACAGGUGUGCAGUGUGGCUGGCUGGGGACGCAUGGCCAUGGGCACUCUAGCAACCACUCUGCAGGAGGUAGAGCUGAUCGUGCAGGAGGAUCGGGAGUGCAGAUCCCGCUUCCGUGGCUAUUACAUGGGGGCCACCCAGAUCUGUGUAGGAGACCCGAAGAAGAUGAAGACCAGCUUCAAGGGGGACUCUGGGGGACCCCUCGUGUGUAACAACGUGGCCCAAGGGACUUUCUCUUACGGAAACGGGAAUGGGACACCUCCAGGGGUCUUCGACAAGGUCUCACACUUCCUGCCCUGGAUAAAGAGAAUAAUGAAGCACUUCUCUCAGCAGGUGUGAGGCUAACUGUCCUCUGUGCUUGGCCACCUUUUCUGGGGAAGAGGCAAGAACCCCUUGGGGCUCGGGGGAUGGGGAGUGGGCAUUGCAGGGUCAUAAUAAAUAGACCUCUAGAGC